UAUGAAAAGUCCAGCGAAUGUCUCGACGAUUCUAAGAAGCUUACAUCCUAGAUAGCAGGAGGGGAUAUUCCAACAAGAAAAACUGGAACAGUUAAAUCACGUUUAUUUAUCAUAGUUGUUAAAAGGAAAAUUAACAACUCAAGCUCAAUGUGUAUGGAGCUGAUAGAAACGAUUUGAGGAAGAGCAUCAAAAAAUAUUUAAAAAAUGAAUAAAAGCAAGAAAAGAAAUAAAGCCAUUUUUCCAAGUAUUGCAACAAGUGGAAUAGAAGAACAUUAUUUGAAAAUAUAAGAAAUAAAGAAGUUGGAUGGAGUUACGUUGCAAUACAGAUUCUACUCAAUUUAAUAAAAAAGAAAAACAAUGAUGUAUUAAUCAAGAAUACAUAAGCAGAAUAUUCUCAGUUGGUUUGAAUUUACAUUAUCAAUGUGUAUGGAUUAUAAAAAUGUAAUUAUUAAUGAAAUAAUAUUCGUAAUCGUGAGAUAAUUCAGAAUGUUUAUUUACUUGGAAUAGAAAGUAUUCUAUCAUUUCAAUCACUGACUUUACCGCGCUGAAAAUUUUUUUUUAUGAUUCGAAUCACUAGUAAAAAACUUGAUUCGUUUGAUCACAUGCGCGAAAAAAUAGCAUCGUUGAUUUUGAGCGCCACUGUUCACGUUUUAGGUUAUGAUUUAACAAUAACUCAAGUGACUCCAAGUAUCGGCACAUGAAUUAUUAGUUUAAAAAAAUUAGUAGUUAUUGUUCAAGACAAUUCAAUAGUUCAAUCAUAGCAAAAAUGGUCGGGGAAAGCAAAAGUACCAGAGAUUUUGCUCUCAAAAUGUUAAAAUCCCUUCCAAGAGUAUCAUUGGGAAAUUUACGAGCAAAUCCUGGUACACUGACCAGGAGUAAAAGAGGUAGAGGUCAACAUGGGGGUGACAAGCAUGGUGCUGGAAAUAAAGGAUGUGGUCAAAGGCAAAAAUGGUCACUACCUGGAUUUGGAACCGAUUCAUGGCCAUUUCAUUUGCGAUUUGGACGUGAACCUUAUUAUAAAGGAUUCCAUUUAAGACGUCAAUAUCCACCACUAAGUCUCCAUCAGCUACAAAUGUUUAUUGAUACAAACAGAGUUGAUGUGACAAAACCGAUAGAUCUUGGAAUCAUUAUGAAUACUGGGCUUUUUUCUAUGGAAACUAAUGACAAUCAUGCUGGAAUUCAUCUUACAAUUGAAGGUGCUGAUAUCUUCAAGGCAAAAGUUAACAUAGAAGUUCAAUGGACUAGUGAACCAGUUAUUGCAGCAAUUGAGAAAAACGGCGGAACUAUUACGACUGCAUUCUAUGAUAGAAUUAGUCUAGAUAUCUUACGUGACACAACUAAAUUUUUUGCUAGAGGAGAACCUAUUCCACGAAGAUUUCUUCCACCACUGGAUUGUUUAGAAUUUUAUUCUAAUCCAGCUACACGAGGAUAUUUAGCAGAUCCACAAAAAGUUUCAUAUGAACGAUUAGUUUUAGCACAAAAAUACGGCUACGAAUUGCCAAAGUUAGAAGAUGAUCCUCUGUAUGAUAUGCUCACCUUACGUAAAGAUCCGAGACAAAUAUUUUAUGGGCUUUCACCGGGAUGGAUAGUGAGUGUAAAGGACAAAGUAAUAUUAAAACCUACAGCAGAUUAUUUAAAAGAAUACUAUACUAAUUAAGUUAUUAAAUUUUAUAUUCUAUAGAAAUAAAAACGAUUAACAUCA